AGUGCUUGCAGCAACACAGUUUGAGCCAACAGCUGCGCGGAUGGCCUUCCCAUGUUUUGACGAACCAGCCUUCAAAGCCAGGUUUUCAAUUAAGAUUAGGAGGGAACCAAAGCACCUUGCGCUGUCCAAUAUGCCAAUUGUGAAGUCUGUGAAUAUAACCCCCUGGCUUGUUGAGGACCAUUUUGAUACCACUGUCAAGAUGAGUACGUACCUUGUGGCCUUUAUCGUUUCGGAUUUUAAAUCCAUCAGCAAAACAACAGGUCAUGGAGUUAAGAUUUCUGUGUACACAGUGCCAGACAAGAUCAACCAAGCUGAUUAUGCAUUGGAUGCGGCAGUGAAACUUUUAGACUUCUAUGAGGAUUACUUCAGCAUUCCAUAUCCUUUACCUAAACAAGAUUUAGCAGCUAUUCCUGAUUUUCAGUCUGGUGCUAUGGAAAACUGGGGACUGACCACAUACCGGGAAUCUGCAUUGCUGUAUGACCCUGAAAAGUCCUCAGCAUCUUCUAAACUUCGGAUUACUAUGAUAAUAGCCCAUGAACUGGCUCAUCAGUGGUUUGGCAACCUUGUUACCAUGGAGUGGUGGAAUGAUCUGUGGUUAAAUGAAGGGUUUGCAAAGUUUAUGGAGUUCGUGUCAGUCAGCAUUACCCAUCCAGAACUGAGAGUUGAAGACUUUUUCUUAAGUAAAUGUUUUGAUGCCAUGUCAGUGGAUGCAUUAAAUUCAUCACAUCCUAUAUCCACUCCUGUGGAAGAUCCAGCUCAAAUUUUAGAAAUGUUUGAUGAAGUUUCUUAUGAGAAGGGAUCUUGUGUAUUAAAUAUGCUGAGGGACUACCUGACUGCUGAUGUGUUUAAAGCUGGACUUGUCCAGUACCUGCAGAAAUACAGCUAUCAGAAUACAAAAAAUGAAGACUUGUGGAACAGCAUGACAGAUAUUUGCCCUACAGUAGGUAGUGAUAAAAAUGAACGACAAGGUGAUGGUUUUUGCAGAAGAAGCCAACAGUCAUCUUCAAAUGCACACUGGACUAAAGGAGAGACUCUUGAUGUGAGGGCAAUGAUGGACACUUGGACACUGCAAAAAGGUUUUCCCAUGGUAACUGUCACGGUGAGAGGGAAGAAUGUCCACCUGCAGCAGGAGCGCUAUGUGAAGGGAGUAGAUUCUCCUUCAUCCACAGGGUACUUGUGGCACAUUCCACUAACCUACAUUACCAGUAAAUCGGAUGCAGUUCAGAGAUUUUUGAUGACAACUAAAGCAGAUGUCAUUAUCCUUCCGGAAGAGGUGGAGUGGGUUAAAUUCAAUGUGGACAUGAAUGGGUAUUACAUUGUGCACUAUGAAGACGAUGGAUGGGAUCGUCUGAUUAACCUUUUGAAAGAGAACCAUACAGUGAUUAGCAGCAAUGACAGAGCAAGUCUCAUUAAUAAUGUAUUCCAGCUUGUGAGGGUAAAAAAAUUGUCAAUUUCCAAAGCUUUUGAUUUAACUUUGUACCUGAAACAUGAAAGAGAAAUCAUGCCUGUACUCCAAGGUAUGACUGAGCUGAUUCCUAUAUACAGGCUCAUGGAGAGGAGGGAUACAGAUGGUACAGAAAAACAGUUAAAGGAGUAUAUAGUGCAUCUAUUUAGAGAGCUGAUUGACGAGCAGUCUUGGAGUGAUGAAGGCUCAGUGUCUGAGAGAUUGCUUAGGCACUCGCUUCUGCUGUUUGCGUGCGUGCAUAGGUACCAGCCAUGCGUGGACAAAGCCAAAGCAUAUUUUACAGAAUGGCAGAAAUCCAAUGGAACCUUGAGAUUGCCAGCAGAUGUGAAGACAGCAGUGUACACUGUUGGAGCACAAACAUCCGAAGGCUGGGAUUUCCUUCUUGGUAAAUACAGACUGCUCUCAUUCAAUGUAGAGAGAGAGAACAUUGAAUUAGCUCUCGCCUUCAGCAGAAGUAAGGACAAACUUCAAUGGUUAAUGGAUCAAGGUCUGCGUGGUGACAUCGUAAGAACUCAGGAUCUUCCAUUUAUUAUUGUAUAUGUUGCCAAAAACCCAUCUGGCUAUCAUCUAGCGUGGACGUUUUUAAAAGAAAAUUGGGAGAAAGUUGUAGAAAAAUUUGAACUUGGUUCGAAUUCCAUAGCAACCAUUGUCACUGGAGUGACAAGUCGGUACUCGACAAGGUCACAGCUUGCACAGGUGAAAGAAUUCUUCAGUUCUCUGGAGGAAAAAAGCACACGGCUUCACUGUGUCCAGCAAGCUAUUGAAACCAUUGAAGACAAUAUACAAUGGAUGGAUAGAAAUCUGGAGAAAGUCAAAACUUGGUUGCAAAACAACUAUCUGUAA